AUGAGUCGUUUGCAAGGACCUUCUUCCCUUAAAAGGAAACGACAAGACUCUGCUUUAGUUUCUGGGUCUUUGACUGACGGAGAACGCAUACUCUAUAAUCUCAUUCAUAGCAAGAAAGACAUGGGUAUCUGGACAGGAGACAUGAAACGAGAAACAAACCUCCCUGAUAACGUGGUCAAAAAAUCCCUUAAGUUGCUUCAGUCAAAGAAUCUGAUAAAGGAGGUUGUUAAUAUUCAAAACAAAGGGAGAAAGCACUACAUGGCAUCAGAGUUUGAACCCUCCAAGGAAAUCACCGGUGGGGAUUGGUAUACUGAAGGGAGUCUUGAUACAGAGUUCAUAAACCUUGUAAAGGAUGUGUGUAUGAGAUACAUUUUCAGGCAGAAUGUUGCCACACGUGAAGGAGUUUUAGAGUGGAGCAGAAAGAGUGGGGUCUUCGCCGUUGAAGUCACCACACAACAAAUAGAAGAGAUUUUACGAACUUUGGUUUUGGAUGAUGAAAUCAUUGAGGUGACGAGCACUGGAUUUGGAGAUUUUGCAUCUGUUCCUGUUGGCAGAAUUUGUUAUAGAUGCAAAAGCAAGGGUGGCGUUAGAGGGGAACAGAAACCUGGUGCCAUGGCUUCCAUUCCAUGCGGAGUUUGUCCACGAAUAAACUUUUGUACACCAGAUGGCAUUGUCUCCCCGAGAACUUGUGUCUAUUAUCAGAAAUGGUUGGACUUCUGAAUGAGUCAAAUACCAAUUAAUAGUUUUGAUAUGACCCUCCCAAGUUUUCACUCUCAUCUAGCAGCUUGUGUUUGUAUUUUUGAGUAACUCUGUUGCUCAAUGUACCAUAGGUCCCUCUGCAUUAAAACGAAAACUUUCUAAGUGGGUUGACUGAAGAUGCACGGGUUAGUUGGUGAUCAUCCAUAUUACAUUAACAUAUCGUUACUACCAUUUUAUGAAUCUACAAAAAAGGUGGAAAAAGAAAAGAAAAAUGAAAGCUAUUUGUUGUGCUUAUGCGCAUUCAACCUGUUCGUCGAGUAGAUUAAAGAUGUAUGUUUAAAUGAUCUCAGAUGAUUUUUAUUGCUCUGUAAGAAUCUACUGUAGUUUAUAAUAUUUUGUUGAACUUGUUCUGGUUGCCAUGAGAGCGAUGUUGUAACUGCAUAUUCCUUGUAGCAGCUUGGGCAAUCAUCAGAGGUAUA